AAGCGCCGGAAUUCUGGUCUUGCACAGUGCACCAGCAGGUCUCUGCCACCAAUAAUUGCGCCUGCACCCACGCUCUCUUCGUUGCUUCGUCGACGUUUCCAACUACAACGACCUGGGUGCUCGACAUCCUUUUCAAUCGGAUACAAACUUUAAGCUGCGAUAGCCAUAUAACUCAUAGUGGUCGUCCAAACUGGCGGACCACUCGCGACGUGUGCAAGCCAUGCCACAACGACGUCCGUCUGCAGCUGGUCAGGCCACUGCGAGUUCGUCGGGACGCGUUCAUAAGACGAAUGGCUCAAUAUAUAGCGGGUCCAGCCAAUCUCCCCACUCAAACAACCAACCUCUUCCCCGCAAUGGCGCUGGAGCCCCCCAUACCCCUCACUACAGGAUGGUGCAUAUAUUAGUGACAAGGCUAAAGCAUAAGUUGCCAUGUAAUGCUGGGACAACUCUCACAGAGCUUGAAGACGAUCUAGUUAUCCAUCAAACGAUAGAAGCUCUCGUGGACCUUGCGGGAGAUUCCUUAGGUCUCAUAGCUCAUGCAUUGACGGAUCAGCUUCACAGGUUGGCACAAAUCGAAGCACCGUAUCGCGGAGUGGAUGUAUUGCAGUCACAACUAUUCCUCCUGAAGGUGCUCUCUGUAGCCAUGGCCUCUCAUUCAAAUAGGUUCGAUGAUACUCGACCUAAUUCUCGUAUUGGCAAGGCGUCGGAAGAUCCCGCGUCGGUACCAAGUUCACCGUCACCUUCGAUGCACGCUUCGCGGGGCCGGCAACCUUCUUACGACAGGAUGAGUAUUAACUCUACCAAACACGAAAUUCCACCUCUAGUUGAUGACGCGGCGAAAUACGUCUUGAGCAUAAUGAUCCUAUUCCUCCAACAGACAGCCCCUCCUGCACCUCGCUUGAUGUCUGCAGCGAACUUGAACUUCAACGCUUCCUAUCAUGACUUUGAAUCGGUAGAAUCUCAGGAAGGUCCGAAUCCUCUCGAACAUCCACACGAGAUCCCGAAAGUGAGCUCUAAACCGAAGGCGAUGUACGAGUUUAGAGAUAGUCAUCUGAAAUCAGCGGACACUCGGAGCAUUAACUCCAGCUCUUUUCACCCUUUGCAUUCCGCCCAUUACGAGAAGACUUCGACGGUUGUGUCUGAUUCGUGCCUUUCGCUGAACAGCUUGAUUGCCAAGUUUGCUGGCAAGGUCAUCUAUCACCUUUCCGCGUCCAACUGGUCAGUGGUCUUCGACAGGAUCCGCAUCAAGAUUCGAGAACUCGCCCACAUGCCCGAUAAUGCGAAUAUUCCGGAACUCACUGACCUGCAACUGCUCAUGCACUGUGCUCUGGAUAAGACACGGCUAAUUCAAUCUCUGCAAGAACUCGCAUCUUUACUCGUGCAUAUCCGUAAAGAGGUACAGGCUGCUAUGUGCCAACCGCUUCGUACAGCGAUAUGGAAUUGGAUAGAGAACUUUCCUGACGAGUUCAAUGAGGCAUUGCUCUCGCACCGUCGGCUCGAAGGUGCUGCUGAGCGUGUUUUCGAUCUCCUUUAUCCUUUGCACGAAUGGCCUGACAAGACCUUUGUUUGGCCUGCGCUCACCGUCCUGCUGUGCAUCAGUUCUGAGAGGACCAAGAGCGAGUAUCAAAUGGUCAGUUUGGGUCCGAUGCCGCCCCGGCCAGGUCCCCGCAAGGAUCGUACCUUCGCAGACCAGAUCAUCAGAACGAUGACAGGGCGGGGGAAGGGAUCAGAGAUGGCUAUGGUUUGCGCGCUGGACAUUUGUCGGGCUGCCUCUCGUGUACGGCCCAACCCUGAAGUUGAGGUCCCUCUAAUUUCUGUUGCAAACGAUGUCGCGCAUGAGGUGAAGGCCAGUUUGUUCUCUUGGGGUCCGGACUCUCUGCCGUUCUGGGCGACGCUGGAAGACAUUGAUGUCGCACUCAUGGGCGACGCCCUAGUGACAAUAUAUAGAUUCCUACCCCCAGCGGAUAUACUCCCUAUCUUCCAUCGCUGUCUAGAACCUACGCGGUCUGACGCUGUGAAGACUGCGGUCGUCAAGGCUUGUAUCACACUUGUUACAGAGGCUAAUGCGUUGCCCUGGACACUUUCGCCGGAGGAGCUAAGAGUUGCCAUCUGUGAGCGUGUCACGAGUAUUUAUCGACAUUCCGUCAUGCGUCGUAGUGAGAUCGAUGCAGACGGCAUCAUCAAGAAGCCAGCAUUGAGGCCCAAAGGCAAACGUUACACGGCCGAAACAGUAUCCGACCGGGAACUCUUGUCACUUUCAUGCCUUGCUUUGUAUCGAGCUGAUGUUUGGUGGUUCUUAUGUGUUACCCACGUUGAUACAGAACCAUUGUGGGUGCCAGGUGCUGUUGAGCUGUGGCUUGCGCCCAGCGAUGCCUCCGUCAAGAUAUCGAUGAACCGCACCACUCGAUUUGCCUUCGAUGCUAUCACGCAAAUGUCGCCCGAACAUCCGGCGUGGGAUCAUUGCGCUUCGUGGAUGGCAUGUGCCAUGCCUGCAACGCUUGCGGCUAUUUGCAUCAAUCUUCUGGAUUCUCGAACCGAUUUCAAGGCUCAACACAUGUACAUUUCGAUGGCUAUUGAGAUCAUGCAUCGAUUUACUAGACCUUCAGCGCAACAUUUUGUCAGAGUUCAGAGAACUGUCGAGCGCAUCCCGGCGUUCUUGAUUGCUGAGAUCUCAUUCUUGGUUUCUCUUACGUCUGCUGAUCGUAACGUAUCAGCAAUUGCAUGUCAAUGUCUUCGUCUUCUAGCUGUGGCGGAACGACAGCCCAACGCACCAUGCAACACUCCCUUCAACGAUGAUGAGAGGCUCAAGCGCUACCCCAUGUACGACCAGCUUGGAGCCGACCAGAAAUCGGUACUGGGGCGUGUUGCACAUCAGAAGCGCAUUCGCAAGAUCAUGCGGAUGCUCACUCUCCCUCCUGCAGUUCACAUGGCUGUUUGGCAAGAGUGUUACUUUCGAUGGUGUACUCUGAACGAGCUUGCUAUCAGGAUGUCAUUGGAUAGCGAUGAUCUCCAGACGCAACCCACAGGUGAUAAGAGUCUCACGAUGGAGGAGAGACAAGCGCAGUGGCAGAACCUAACUCUGUUCAUGGCUUCGUUUGGACCCGCUGUUCUCAAGGAGAACGUGGAUGCUCCCGCCUUGAGCGCGUUAGUGCGCGAUGAAUAUCUUCCAGACCAAAUGCGAAUCAUGCGGGAUCCUGGCGACCUUCUUACUAUCUUCCUCACUGAAGUCAUCAAUCUUCUUGUUCAUGAAUCAGCUCAGGCUCGAAAAGUGGCAGAGGAAACUCUUGGGAAUGAGCUUAAUCCGAGACUGUACCUCCGGAUUUUGAAGGAAUUAGACAGUGUUCUGCAAGAUAUUACAAACCGCGACAACCUUGAUUGGGAAAUGCUCUCUAUAUUCCUGGAAUCGUUCAUCCCGAUUGCUACUGUCCUUUCUGAGAACGUUAAGAAUGUCCAGGAUAUUCAUGGUGUCGAUAUGGGUGCGACUCUCCAUACCCUUGCAGAUUUCAUCAGGCGCUUCCAGGGAACAUCUGGUUACCGCCUGAAAACCAGAUUCUGUGCCCUUUGCGAAACCGUAUUCGAUCCCAAGACCUGCGUUUCUCCCCGAAAAGAUAAUUCCAGUCGACAGACUAUUGCCGAAUUCAUCAUUGAAUGGGUUGCAGAUCCGAUUCAGGUGGAUGCCGAGCAUGCUCAAUUGCAGCGCGAUCUGAACAGCGCAACACUGCGGACGGCUGUGAAAAUAUUCGACCACCUGAAACUCGAGUCACCAGACGGUCUCGCCGAAGAUGACGCGGCUCAUUAUGUGUCACGGCUCUUCAUUCGUUACACGCAGUUCCUACAGAAAGUGUCAGACUUCGGUCGUUCUGAGUUGCUCCGUGAUGAAGGCGUUGCGGACCAAAUCAGUAUAAUUCAGCAUCGGACGUCUCAUCACCAAGAGGGCGAAUAUCGUGAAUUAGUCGUAACAGGCCUGGCUUCUCUCAUCAGUUCCAACACAGAGUUCGGUAUCAAGCACUGUCUGCCUCUCGCGUAUGAUCAGGAUCCACUCAAGCAGACAACUUUCACACACGUCUUUGCUCGAGUACUUAGUCAAGGUGUCACGCUGAGUACUCGAGAUGCAUCCUCCAAUAUCAGCCGUCAAAGUAAGCUCUGCGAGCUAAUUAAGGGUCCAGAUUCCUCUCUUGCACUAGCAAUAUGUGAAGUUUGUCCAAGCGAUCGUCAUGACGAGAUGAUUGAGGUCUUGCUUGAUGUUUUCGACACGAAAUCGUCUUUGGUAAACCUACUUAAAGCAAUGGUUGACCGGGAGAUUGCUCGGACUGAAAAUGAAGCCGACCUUUUCCGCAGUAACUCCUUCUAUUGUGUCUUCAUGUCCACUUGUGCGCGACUUUAUGGAUACAACUACCUUAGGAGCCUGUUAAUCCCGCUUCUCAAGACGAUUGCUUCGUUACCACCAGGUCAUAAAUUCGAGAUCGAUCCAGUGAUGGUCGGAGAGCAAGCAGCAGCCGACAAUCAGCAGGUCGUCGAGCUUGUGGCUUCUUCAUUCAUUGAUAUUAUCACUUCUUCAGUACCUGCAUUUCCUUCUAUGUUCCGGGAGGUUUGUGCCCACAUCGUGAGCAAAGUGACCGCUAGGUGGUCAAAGUCUAAGUUCUCAGCACUUGGCGCGUUCAUCUUCUUACGUUUCAUCAAUCCGUGCAUCGUAUUUCCGCCACGCGUAGACCUUCCGCUUGAUACAAAGAUGAUGGCUGGCCUCAAACUUGUCGCAAAGAUCAUACAAAAUCUGGCGAAUAACAUUCUUUUUGGGAAGGAAGCACACAUGCAGAGUCUGAACCUGUUUCUGGAGAAGAAAAUAUCAAAUAUCACAACCUUCUUGAGUGCAUUGGCUAAAUACACGCCCUCCGGACCAGAGGACGAACACGAGGAAUGGCUGGAAACGCCUUACGACGAUACUGAUACAAUCUUGUUGCAGCGCUUCUUCAUGAAUCAUGUUGACAAGAUUGGCAAGGAGUUGCUCAGCUCUCCAAGGAUUCUCGAUGACACUGGUCCAGAUGGGGAAGCUACUAGCAAGAGUUCCUGGCAAGCUAUAUGUUCUGCCAUCUACGAGAGUAAUGUGCACACAGAAAUUCCGCUGCCCACUGAUGCCACUACCUCAACUCAUGCGCCAUACAAAGAACUUAUGUCAAGAUUCGGCCUUCGGGAUGUUUCCUCCGUACAACAUCUGCUUGUUGAAACUCCUGUACCAAAGUACGAGCGUGCCGUGUUCGUCUUGUCUGUUGCCAAAAUAGAUGUCGAGGUUCUGGAUUUGGAGUUGCUCCUCUAUCAUAUUCUGCAGACGCUCACAACGCCCCAAAACAUCAAUCGGGAAUUCGAGAUAAUCUUUGACUGGACGUAUUUCUCUGCGGCAUCCAACGUUCCCAUCCAGUGGGUAAAAUUUGCCUAUGAGGUCAUUCCAAAGGACGUUCGACAAAGGCUGCGGGUCUCUCACUUCCUUACACCGAACGAUAUGGCUUUGCGAUAUAUGCGGAAACUUGCCAUUAUCGUCAAUGGAUCCCCGUUCUCCGACAAAUACUUGAUACAUUCGUCUGUGCAUGAAUUACUCGAAUACUUCCCUCCUGGUACCGUCUUACAUCCCCUUAUGGAAGCAUAUAUGCAGGAGGACGAGCCCCGGGAGUUGUUCACUGAUGUUACAAUGCGCCUCAGUCAGCCCUUGCAUGCGCCAAUACAUCUAGAAGUGGCUGCAAGCUACCUUCGCAUUACCACGAUGAGGCCUGUCUCAUAUUGCCGUACUCAGAAGGCUAAAGCCAUAGAAAUCAUUCCUUUAACGGAUGUCAGCGAUGCCUAUAACGUGUCCACGGGGCAUGAACUGAACGAGUUCGUGAUCCGGAAAACGCGACACGGUAGCACUCUUUACUUUGCUUCUCCCCUACGCGAAGCGAUAGUGAAGACCAUACGUUGUGCGAAAGGAAACGUCAAGAACAUCCAGCGACCUAUCACUGAGAGAUUUUCGAAGUUGUCUAAUGUGGUGGCAACACUUCUCCAUGUUGGUAUGCUCAAUAUUGGAAGUCACGACGAUGAGCUCCGACUCGCCGCGUAUGAUCUCCUUUCCGCCAUCUGCAUCUAUCUCGAUUUCGAGGGCCGCCCUGUUGUGCCUGCCAAAUCUGUAUUCAUUCCAGGUCAUCCCGGACCGUUCGUAACACAACUCAGUGAGAAGUUGGCACCUUUUGCGCCGCAUCUCACGCUGGAUUUCAUCGCUGCCAUAGCAGCGAUGGACAAAACAUCCAUUUCACAGAAGAUCAACUGCCUGCAGUAUCUUUCUCCCUGGAUAAAGAACUUGUCGUUUUUCAUGGAUCCUCUGCAUCGUUUGUUUGAACCAUCUGGCACAAAAUUCCGAGAUUGUAUCCGGACAUUGAUUGACCUGACUCUCGCUGACCCCGAGAUCUAUGCUGUCCUGCAAAGGCAUAUAUGGAUAGAGGUUGGCAAACUUGAUAGCAACGUCGUCAAUGCCGUGUUGGAUGAGUUGAUGCGAGCAGCAGUCGAUGGUGGAAUGGGAUCGCAAAGAUGUGAGAUAAUUGCCGACGUUAUGACGGCUGUGACAUCCAUCAACGUGCGAGGAAGGAUAUUUGCCCGUAUACGCAAGGUAUUGGGCAAGACCUCCACCAAACCAACGAAGGAUCUGGCGGACAAUCCGCACUGGACGGAAAUUGCGUGUCUCACGCGCCUCGCAAUGGUCGCAAAUUAUCAUCCUCGUAAUAUUGUCCAUGCUCAGCUUUACGUUCCGGAAGCUGCCCAUCUGGUCACGCUCAUCGCUGGCACAGGUGAAGUGCUUGUCCGGCAGUCCGUGUACGGCAUUGUUGUCAAUCUCCUGAAUGCUGUCUUCCUGGCUCGUUCGGGAGAACUUACUGGCCUUGACGUAAAGGCACUCCUUGAUGAAUGCAUUGAUCCAGGGAUCUUGAGGUCUUUCGGGCUCCGCAAAGCAUCGCGAGGCAACGACUUUGAAUCGUAUGAUCCUGACACGGACAAAGAACGCAUCGACCUGCUAGAGAACUUGACCAGCUUCCUUGGGCGAAUCAUGAAGGCUAUCUCUGGUAGUUCUGGGCUUCUGAAUGUCUGGCGUGCAAGAUGGAUGAGUUUGAUCACAUCAUCUGCAUUCCAAUUCUCUCCCGCAAUCCAGACACGCGCAUUCAUCUCCAUGGGAAUGCUAGCCACUUCGGACGUAGAUGAUGAUUUGCUCUACCAAAUGCUUGUUGCGUUCAAAACCGCCCUUUCUCAAUUCAAUGAGAAGGAGACGCUUGCCAUGAUUAGCAUGCUUCGCUGCAUGUACCACGUAGUGCCCGCUUUACCACCUCAUUCGCGUUAUUUGCCACAGCUUUUCUGGCUCGCCGUGGCUCUCCUGGAAACUGGCUUCGUGAUGAUCUACUCCGAGGCGAUCCAACUAUUACGGGCAACGGUGGAGCGUAUGGACGUAGACAAAGAGUUCGAAGUCAAGGGUGUUGCCGUAACACUUAUGGACGCACGAGCGCCGCUUGAGAGUAUCUCUAUCCAACUCGAUCACUUGCUGUCGUUGUCCUUCCAUACCAGCUUCCACUUUUCCCUCGCAGCCAUCAUCUUCAAGGGCGUCCGACACGCAGGUUUGCAUAAGCAAGCGGAAGCUGCUCUCCGCAGCCUUCUCCGUAUCACCGUGCAAAGUUGCGGAGAGAUUGGCCUAAAUCAUGCUGAAGCUGGCGCAGGGGAGCCGAUUUGCCAGGAGGUGCUUGGAUACGUCAUUGCCUUGAUUCCGCUGCACACCUCGCUUGUGGCGUAUCAGGAACUUCUUCUUGGAGCCAAAGUUCAUUCAUCGUGGACGUCAGAGGAUUUCCUUCCCUCUGUGAUCGACUAUGAUGAGGCUAUUCAUGUACCUUUGGGUCUGUUGGGUAUCGUUGAUCGACGGACAGCCCUUUUCACUACGUCCUUCAUCAGCGCGAUGCUGCAGACGGCUCAGGGAGAUGAUAAGGAGACGGAGAUGCUAUACGGCAUUCUCUCCGAUCUUGCUCAUAGCCAUCCUGAAACCAUUGCAAUUGCGUACGUUUGUGCACCUUCUGAAUCUUUGCUCCCAGUUGACGUCGUUCCGUUAUAUAGCUUUGACAGUUUCCACGAAAAGCUGAAAGAUGCAUUUACCAUUUCUUCCCGGCCAAUGGUCCUUGCGUAUGUCUCCAACAUUUUCAGGGUUUCGACACAAGAGAACAUGAGGGGCCUUCGCGGUCAAUCCUCUGCAUCAACGCUGAGUACUGUGGACGAAAAGCCUGAACGCAUUGGCAAGAAACAUCUAGCGGAGCUUGAUUCCAUUGACAUGGGUGGCCUCGCCAAUUCGCUUCAAUUCGUUGCUCCCUCGCAUUAUCGUCAAGUGUCGAGGAUGAUCAACUUUCUUUCUGAGCUUGUGAUGAAGAUUAUAGAAUAAAUUCGGAUGGAUUGAUGGCUGGUUCCGACUCUCGAUUGCUUUCUUCACUUCAUAUCCUAUUUCGCACGGUCUAUUUUGCUGUACAAUAUCGCUGUCUGAUACCUUCCAACUCCUUGGUGUAGCUAACAUUGGAAUUUCGUUUACCUUCAUCAUAUUAUUUGCACUAAUCGUUACUUUGCAAUGUGCUAGUUAUUACCUCCGCAUCAUGUAUCUAGGAUUCCACCAAUCAGUAUUAUUUGGGCACCUUUCAACUGGCUUGCCCUUUUGUAUGCACUUCUC